UUCCCCUCCAGCCACGGACGGGCGCUGAAGCCAGGUGAGAGUGUUGUGGUACCCGGACUGCACUGCUCGGCAGCCACAAUACGGUAGAGACUGAGCGGGAAGUUUACAGCUUCCACCGGAGAUCUGCCAGCCACAGGUAGGAGGAGCGGGGCUGGGGUCUGGUACUGCACCGCAAGGAAAGGAAAAAGCAAUCUGUCCUGUACCGGUUACCAGACGACAAAUUUUGCACUCCAAUCUCCUACAGCGUGCAGGAUUGGUAGGAAGCAGGGGCUCCAGAGUAAGGACUCUGAACUUGGGGACGAUAGAUACUUUUUAUGGACACGAGCUUCUCUGAAACGACUCCAUACUAGGAAGACACUUCCAUUUUAAGGAUACCAGGUUUGGGGGUCAACAUUUCGCUUUGGAAGAGAGGGAGUGUGGGCACCCUCUUAAGGCUUUCCUCCAUCCCCAUGGCGUUACCCGGCCCCUCACAAGACCAGGCUUGGAGCCUGGAACCUCCCGCUCCCACCGUCCCUGCCUCCUCGUCCUCGGUCUCCCAGAAGCGGGAGGACGCUGAGAGUCCUGUGGUCUCUGGGGGCCUUCCCUUGGAGAAGGUGAAGCGACCUAUGAACGCGUUCAUGGUGUGGAGCUCCGCUCAGCGCCGCCAGAUGGCGCAGCAAAACCCAAAGAUGCACAACUCGGAGAUCUCCAAGCGCCUGGGCGCACAGUGGAAGCUGCUGGGAGAGGACGAAAAGCGGCCCUUCGUGGAGGAAGCCAAACGGCUGCGGGCCCGGCACCUGCGUGACUACCCCGAUUACAAGUACCGGCCACGGCGCAAAACCAAGAGUGCAGGCGCUGGGCUGCCCCACUUCGGCCAGGGAAGCGGCAGUGUGGCUGGCAGCGGACCGGUUUGGGGGCUCGGGUACUCGACCACCCACGGGAGCAGAGGCUUUGGAUACCAGCCCCCCAACUACUCGAUAUCCUACCUGCCUGGUGGUUACAGCUCUUCCCACUCUAAAUCAGAAGCCUCAACAUGCUCCCUCCAUCAGAGUAACCCUAGGCUCCAGGGGGAGUUGCUCCCCCCCUAUAACCCCUACCUAACCCCAGGCUCUCCCACUGCCUACAACCCUCCCCUCUCAGGAGCCCCCAUGCCCCUAGCCCACCUCUAACAAUCAUGGCUGUGGACCUCCCAGGAAGCACUGCAACCUCUUUUUCACCUA